UUCCCCCUCAGCAAACACAUCCUGGUUUUAUCAACUUUCUUUGGAAGGUAUUAACAUCUUUAAAAUGGUACCAGAGCUUGAUGAGACCCCAGGCGUCACAUUUCAAUUUUCUGCUUUUCUCUGUACACACAAGCCUCAAAAUCUCCAUCACUGAAAGACUGGCAUCGACAUUGACUGCCUAUGAACAUUUUCACCAGUACCAACCAAGCCUGCCAAUGCCAGCUCAAACAGCACAACCGCAGGCGGGUGAACAGCCAAACCUGCCUGAGCAGCCCCAGCACCCUGUCAAUCCCAGCCAACCGAUGCGGCCCCAACAGCUGGGGAAUCCCCAUCUGCCCACGUACCCCAUGAACCCGCUGCCCUGUGUGCUCCCGGACAUGCCUCUGGAGCCAUGGCAGUCCACCAACCGGUACGGGGAAACCAGCAUCAUGCUGCCCAUCAGCCUGCUCGGACAGCAAAAGCGCUGCCAGAGCUCUCAGAGAAAGGCAGCACAGCUGGCGAUGGCAAAGCAGCGAUUCAGUCACCGGCAAAACAGCAAUUCAGUCACCGGCAGUGAGCACUGGCUAUUAAAAAAUCCCCAAAGCGGGUCCCAGCAGCAAGCGCAGGCUGAGCCUGGGCUAGAUAACCGCGACCGGCCGAGGUUGUGCUCACCGGGCACCCGCGCCUCCGCCACGCUGCGCAAACAUCCCCUGAGACUUGCAGAGACUGUACUUCCAAUCCCUUAA